CCUUUACAGGCGUGUGUGUGUGAGGCAGCGUUGGUCACGAAGUCUGCCACCACUGGAUCGUGUGUAUUCGUGUUUAAUAUGUCUUCCAUUCUCGUACGCGUCCGCCACGAACACGGUCCGUUGACGAAGCGCGUCCGCCAGGUUUUUUGUGUUUUUUUACAAUAAUAUCGUUUUUUAGCAUAAUAAAUAAGUUGUGGUUAAUACACGUAUUAUCGUAAAAUAUCGCAUUUUUGCACUUGCGUACAACCGGCAUCGUUCACCUUGAUUGUCAAUUACAGUGCGUUUCCGCGGUCGUAUAACAGUUUUAUUUAACGAUAACGGUCGUUUUUCCCUCGAUCCGUCGUCAUCCCUUAGUGUCGAUAUUGUUUGUUCGUCGCGUGGUAACCGUGUGUAGUUCGUAAACGCGUUUCGAUAUCAUAUAAUUAUUAUUAUUAUUUAUUGCGAUUGUUUCCGUCGAUGCGAUUUUGUAUCGCAUUUUCUACUGUUUGCGCCGCCGUCGCGUCGUCAAGAUACAAUUAAUCAAACGUAGAAAUAUAAUGAGAAUGAGCGACAUGACUGUGUGCCCUGUGGCCAGCAGACAAUCUUUCUUCGACUCAUUCACCGUCGUCUCCAAAGCCAUCGGACAGUUAGAGAAACUUAUGUCCGGCAAACAAACCGAAAACGAAUGGAAGAACUCGCAGUGCAAUACUGUGACUUCAUCGGCCAAAAAGAACCACAAGAAAGAAAACUCACUGUUAAAAUUCUUGGCGUUGAACGCUCUAGAGUUGAGUGCACCCGCCAGCGAUGUUUUGUUGCGCAACAACAGCACGAACACAGCCGGUACCGCGACGGAUUCUGAAGUGCGAAACGCAGUCAAGUCUCAAGAAACGGCGACAUCCAAUGUACAGUCGACCACUUGUAGGUCGGCCUCACAACAGCAGUCGUGGUUCCAGCUUUCCGGACAUCCGGACUGUUUUGCACCCGCCGGCCUGGGUACGAUAUGGAAGAAGUGCAGCGGCGGCACCGAGAGGGACGUGUAUGAGGCGCUUUCCAACGAGCCUAGUCUUCAAGACAUCGUGCCCAAGUAUUACAGGGAAGUCGAGUACAACGGACAGACUUUCAUCGAGCUGCAAGACUUGCUGUACGGCUUCCGAGACCCAAACGUCAUGGACAUCAAAAUGGGCACGCGCACGUUCCUGGAGUCAGAGGUGAAAAACUCUUCGGCGCGACAGGACCUGUACCUCAAGAUGAUUGCCGUCGAUCCCGAAGCGCCAAAUGCCGAAGAACGCAAGUUGCAAGCGGUCACAAAACUGCGGUAUAUGCAGUUCAGAGAAGAACAGAGUUCGACGUGCAGUCACGGUUUUAGAAUUGAAGCUAUGAAGUUUCGAGGCUCUCCGCCCGUUACGGAUUUGAAGACUGUGAAAAGCGACGAAGAAGUGAAUAACACUCUUGCUUUGUUCCUGGGCGACCGCCAUGACAUCAAACAGAGGCUGGUUGUCAGACUGAAUGAAAUACGGUCAAAAUUGGAUCGUUCUCAUUACUUUAAAACUCACGAGAUUGUGGGUAGCAGUAUUUUGAUCAUAUACGACGAUACUAAGAUCGGCGCUUGGCUGAUUGACUUUGCUAAGACAAGACAAGUACCCGAACAUACAGUACUUACCCACAGACGACCAUGGGUGCCGGGCAACCACGAGGAGGGCUUCUUGUUUGGUCUCGACCAUCUCAUAGAGUCAACUGAGAAUUUACACACUCCUGUCUCAAAAGAUUCUGUAGCGCCAUCGAGCUCUAUUAAAGUGGAAACUUGAAAACUUUGUCGUCGUUCAACUUUCUCGUGGAAUUUAUCUAGUCAAUAAUAUUUUCGCCUAUAGUACACCGAGAGAUAAACGUGGUUCACAUCCUCGUUACUAUCACGUGUUAACAUUUUUACACGAUAACUAUUUUUUUUUUCGUUCUUAAAAUUAAUUUUAAGUGGUAUAUUAUAUUGUUUUUUUAAUACUAAUUCAGUCAGUGUUGACUGACGCGACUGAUUUUGCCUGAGCAUUUGUAAUCGGAGUACUCAUUAAAUAUGCGUGAGAAAAAAAUAAAUUAUUAAUAAUUUGCCCUUAUAUCCAUACUACAACAGGUUUAUGUACCUAAAUUCUCGAUUCAUUUAUAAUAAUUGUCCAGUAUUAACAUUGUAUAAAUAUUUCGCAUUUUUAUUUUUAACUUUUUUUUUGUAUUUACAUAAUAUACAUUUAUUUAUAUGUA